CUAAAGGAUCUGCAAUCACUUUGAGCUCUGAGAUUGAAGGUAAUCUUUCUCACCUGGAAGUUGCUGACGGAAGCAUGGACGUGGAUAUCGAGGAGAUUAUCCAAUGCAUCAAGCAAGGAGAUGAGAAUGGUGUUCAGAUGCAGCUGCAGAAGUUUAACAAAGAGUACGGCCAGUGCUUCUUCUUUGAUGCAGACGAGAGUGAGAGGAGGAGGCAAAGAAAACUAGAAGAGUUCAGGAAGAAUAAAGUGAGGGACUAUGCAGAUUCCGAAUCGGACAACGAUGACUUUGAGCAGGAAGAUCUUGGACUCCUCCAGAGACAGAAUCUGGCUGUCAUCAUUGUGAGGUUAAUGAGGACAGGAGUCAAAUCCAGUCUGCUGAAAGUAUCUCUGCACUCGCUAAGGAUCCUGAGCAGGGACAAACAGAUUUUGGGCCAUCUAGUGACCGACGGCGCUCUGCUAACAUUGGCCAAACUGGCUGGCCUAACUGCGAACGAUGCCAGUGAGGAAGCCAACGACCCCGACUCUGAUUUCUACGACAACAUCAUAGCUUCCCUUGCAGAGGCCAAAAUGCUGCAGGGGCGCAUUGAUGAGGAUGGGGGCGAGGGGGAGGCCAUGGACCAGAAUGAGGAAUUCCCUGACGCGGAUGAGGACUCCAAGAGCACCAACAGUGACGCCUAUGGUGGCGAUCAGGACAGCGACAGCUGGUUGGGCAGCCACAGGACCAGCAUCAAUGAGAUGCACAGAGGGAGCGGCCAUCAGAAGGUCCUGGAGAGAGGGAGGAAAGACCGCAGAGAGAGCAAGAUGGAGGGGGGCGUGGAGGAGGAGGAGGGGGAGCAGGGAGAAGAGGUGCUGAGAAAAGAAGCAAUGAAGGUUCUGUGUAAUGUGGUGUACAACAGCACCUGGGCUCAGGAGAGGUUCAGCGCACUCAGGCUCAUGAACGGCCUCAUUGAGUGCAUAUCCUCCAGUGUAAACUGGUCGUCUCCCUCCAGCAUUCAGUUCUACGAGCUACGCCUCAUGUUUCUCAUCACGGCGCUCAGACCUGAACUCAGCGCUCAGCUUAAACAGGAGGGCGGGGUCCCCAUUCUCACAGCGGCCCUGGAGAGCUGCUUAGAGGUCCAGUGGAAGGAGCCGUACGAGUGUGUGCUGGAGCCCGAAGCAGCACCUAUCUCCCUGGAAGCCUCGCAGCGCAUCAUUGAGAUCCUCAAGAUCCUCUUCAACAUCACAUACAGCUCGCACAAGCAGGAGCCAAGUGAGGACGACGCAGCUCUUUACCGACACCUGGUGGCCAUCCUGCGUCUCUGCCUGAUGAGGAAGUGCACGCUGCCUGAGGACACUGAUGAGUUACAGGGUCACACAGUGAACCUGCUGACAGCGCUCCCGCUCCGGUGUCUUAAUGUGCUGCUCACGGUGCCUCUGGGGCCAAAAUCCAAGCAAAGUCUGGGAGUCAACAUGGACUGUGUCCACACACUGCUGAUGUUCAUGGAGCGGCGCCUGGAGGCGGGGGAAAGAGUCAAAGAGAAGCUGACACCAAUCCUCAGUCUCCUGUCAGAGAGCUGCAGGGCCCACAGAGAAACUCGCCUGUACAUCAGGAAACAUAUCCUUCCUCCUCUGAGAGAUGUAUCACAUAGACCAGAGGAAGGGGACACAGUGAAGAGUCGUCUGGUCCGACUCAUGACUCAUUUGGACACAGACGUAAAACACUGCGCUGCUGACCUCCUCUUUGUCCUCUGCAAGGAAAAUGUGCGGCGUUUUGUCAAAUACACUGGCUACGGUAACGCAGCGGGUCUGCUGGCCACCAGGGGACUGCUGGGUGGUCAGGGGCCCAGGAGCUCCACCUCUGACGCCCAGUACUCCAGCGACUCCGAUUCAGACACAGAGGAGUACCGACAGGUCAAAGACCGUGUCAACAUGGUGACGGGGCGGGUGGAGGCGGAGCAGCCAAACCCUAUGGAGGGCAUGACGGAGGAGGAGAAGGAGGAGGAGGCCAGGAGGCUGAUCAUGCUCUUUAACAAGCUGUCCAAAGAUAACAUCAUCCAGCCAAUGGGAGUAGAUGAAGAGGGGAAACUUGUCCCGAUGAAGGGACUGGAGGAAACGACCCUUGCAGAGGAAGCAAAUGCCGAGCCGGACAACGAAGCAGAAUCAGACAAAGAGGACUGAAACAUGUUAAAUUUGUUCCUUUUCUUUAUUGAUAAGGUUUUUCUAAACAUUGCAAUGCUGACAUUUGGUUGGUACAGUAAUUGGUUUAUCUGGUUAGAGACCCAUACAAGAAACAGGAUAGAAAAUGUGUGAUAGUCACAGAAAUAAAAAAAAGGCUUAAAAGAAUAAUUUCAGACUAAAAAAACACAUUUAGAGCAGCUUUCUUACAAAUCUGACGUACAAUUGUGGCUCUUAUUUGUGUGGUAGUUCCUGAGAAGAAAUCAAUUUCAUUAUGAUUCUAACCGUGUUUGAUUAAAGUUUGUUCUCUCUAAGUAAUAAAAAUACAGUUUAUCUCAGCCCAGUGAAAAUCAUU